AUGUACCACCCACAAAUGAUGCAGGGGCAAAAUGUGUUUAACGAAGAGCCAUCGUCACAGCAAGGCCCAAUGCAACAGCAGCAACAGAGGAUGACAGAGCCACUGCCAUACCUCACACCGCAGCAGCAGAGGAUGCCGAUGCCCCAACAACAGACGAUGCAAAUACAGAAGUCAUUAAUCCACAAUCCAUCGUCACAGCAAGACCAAACGUCCGAGCAGCAACAGCAGGAGAUCAUGCCUCUGCCACAGGUAACGCAGCAGCAGCAAAAGCUGGUGUUCUCUCAACCACUGACAAUGCAGCAGCAAGAGCCGCCAAACGACAAGUCACUGAAUCGGCAAGUUUUAACGUCACCACAAGCACAAGAGUUGCUUGUGCCACCAGUGACUCAGGAGCACCAGCAGUUAGUGCUGCUGAUACCGCCACCGAUAAGGCAGCGACUGCCUCAGUAG